AUGUUUACGGUUACUGCUGAGGGCUGCUGUUUGCUGAUUCCUCUUGGCUCUCUGUCGCAGUGCCCAUGGGCAGCGGGCGAUCCCACCAUCCAGACACCAGGUGGCACAGGGACAGUACAGCUACAACAGAACAAUACAGUGGAGGAGCAGAGGAUCUGGAGGAUGAUGGAGCAGCAGAAUGCCCCAGAACAGCUGGCUGCAGGGAAGAGCCAGGGAGGAGCCGGGCCGUCCUUUAAGGUGGUGCUGUUUGAGUUUGAAAACUUCCAGGGAAAAAAGGCAGAGUUUUCAUCUGAGUGUAAAGAUGUGAAUGAGAAGGAUCUGAAAAAGGUUGCCUCAGUGAUUGUGGAGUCAGGCCCCUGGGUCGCCUAUGAUCGUCAUGGCUUCAAAGGGGAGCAGUUCAUUUUGGAAAAGGGAGAAUAUCCACGCUGGGACACAUGGACCAACAGUCAGAACAGCCACUAUCUGCUUUCUCUCAGACCUCUCAAAGUGGACAGCGCCGAGCACAAGCUGCACCUGUUUGAAAACCCUGGAUUUUCUGGACAGAAGAUUGAGGUGAUUGACGAUGACGUGCCGAGUCUGUGGGGGCUUGGAUUCAAGGAUCGAGUAGCAAGUGUGAAGGCCCUCAAUGGAACAUGGGUUGGCUAUCAGUAUCCUGGCUAUAGGGGGCGCCAGUUUGUGUUUGAACGAGGAGACUUCAAGCAUUGGAACGACUGGGAUUCCCCCACCCCUCAGAUCCAGUCAGUGCGUCGAGUGCGAGACAUGCAGUGGCACAAGAGAGGCUGCUUCCUACCCCCGGACCCCUCCCCUGCUCCGCCGGUCCCAGAUCCUGAGCCCGCCCCGGUCCCUCCCCCUGCUCCCGCUACCAAAGCGGGACACCCCUAA